CCUCUUUUUGUAGAAAAUAUGUGAACACAUAGAGGAAACCAGACAGGGUCAUAGACAGUGAUUUAGAAUAUAUUGAAGUGAAAAUGCGUUUCAGAGGCAAUUUUAUUCUCAAACCCUGUAACUGACUGCAAAUUUAGUCACUGGAUUUCAUAGCUUUUAGAUACUGGAGUACUACCAUUUAAGGAAGUACUUGAUGUGCAGCCCGGUGACCUAGCUCGAUGGCCUAAAUAUACAAGAGUGAUCUUCAGUAGAAGUAGAAGGCGUUUCUGAUGCAAAUAAAACACAUGAAUGUCCAAACGAUCGAAUAAAAUUGAAAUAUAAAAGUUGUUCAAAGAAAAAAAGAAGUUAUAUGUGAAAGGAAAAACGUAGAAUUUUAUUUUUGGAAGUCAUUAGUGUAUAGUGUGUGCUGUGUUUGUCACAUAUGUGUAUCCAAUUUUCGUUCGCGGUGGCGUGUAUUAAAAAUACCGCAGAGUUUAACAGUAUGGUACGGCAAAUGUCAUACGACUGAAAGAGUGCACAGCGCGAGCAAAUCUCGUUACACGUCUCGAAAACAGACGAAUUAUAGUUGCAGAGCUUUCGGAGGCGUGAAAUAAGCAAGGCACCAGCAUACGGAUCAGUAAAGGAAAUCUACAAAACCGACUGAUAUUCUGAAAGAAAUAGCGUUGCAGUGUGCAGUAAUAAAUGUUAAGCAAUAAAUGCUGUUUGAGUCAAAAUCAACUGCAAGUAGUGAUUUAUAAACAUGCAUUAACAAAUCCAAUCUUAUUUGUACUGUUUCGGAACCUAAAAGAUUUUUGGAAACUAUUUGAGCUUUUAAAGCAAUACGUAACUGUUCUAACUGAGGAAAAGUUAUCCAAUCUACAUUAGUUAAAAUGGUGAUAGAUGAUGCAAUCAACAACGAGGAAGCGGCUCCACCUCCGCAGAUGUUUACUCCGCAGAAGGCCUCCAUUGAGAAUAUAAUGAGCGGGAUUGAAAACACUGGAACCGUAAAGAUGAACAAUCACAGAAAAAAAUUGAGACAACGAUUUGAUAUUAUCAAAAAACUUGGUCAAGGAACAUACGGCAAGGUGCAAUUAGGAAUAAACAAGGAAUCCGGCCAGGAGGUCGCUAUCAAGACAAUAAAAAAAAGUAAAAUCGAAACUGAGGCAGAUCUCAUUCGGAUACGAAGAGAAGUGCAAAUUAUGAGCUCUGUGCAGCAUCCAAACAUAAUACACAUCUAUGAAGUAUUCGAAAACCGCGAGAAAAUGGUUCUAGUCAUGGAGUUUGCAGCAGGUGGUGAGCUGUACGAUUAUCUAUCCGAGCGCAAAGUACUUGCAGAGGAAGAAGCUCGUCGAAUUUUUCGUCAAGUUUCUACUGCAAUUUACUACUGUCAUAAGCAUAAAAUAUGUCACCGUGAUCUUAAGUUAGAAAAUAUAUUACUAGAUGAAAAUGGAAAUGCCAAAAUCGCCGAUUUCGGAUUAUCCAAUGUGUUUGAUGAGCAAAGACUACUAGCGACGUUCUGUGGAUCUCCACUAUACGCAUCGCCUGAAAUUGUUAAAGGUACACCCUACUUAGGACCAGAAGUCGACUGCUGGUCGCUAGGUGUUUUACUAUAUACUCUAGUCUAUGGUGCAAUGCCAUUUGAUGGUGCUAAUUUUAAAAGGCUCGUUAAACAAAUUAGUCAGGGUGAUUACUUUGAGCCGAAGAAACCGUCGCGUGCAUCACCACUGAUCAGAGAAAUGCUUACCGUAUGCCCACAGCGAAGAGCAAAUAUAGAGCAAAUAUGUAAUCAUUGGUGGGUAAACGAAGGUUAUAAUGAAUCCUGUCUAGAUCUGGCUGAAGAAUUAGCUAAUCAAACUCCUGUACGGUUAGAUGUUUUACUAUCGCUAGCACCACCGUCUGUUACUGCUGAUCAAGUAGUAGUUGGAAGUGGGCAAGAAGAUGUCAAAACUAAAGAACGGAUACAACGAAGUCAUUCGGUAGGUUCAGUCAUCGAAAUGGGAGGAACAGAAGCAGAACGACGAAUACUGGACAUGGUGGCAGCUGGUGGAGAGGCAGCAUUAAUGCCUUCACCAACACGCACGAUAACGCCAUCUGAAAACAGCCCUGCUCAACCUAAACGCAAAUUAGAAUCGACUGUAUCUACUGAUAAUGCUAUUGGAGCUGUUAAGAAGAAAGAAAAAUCCGCCGAAUUAUUAAACCCAAAUCAAUCGCAACCUGUGAUCCCAGAAGUAAUAGAUGUUGAAAAUGAAACUCCAACUUGUCGUAGUUCGACUUGUAUCAUGGAAACAAGUGCAACAGAAAACGAAGUUACUGAAGAAAUAAAUUCAUCUGAUAAUACCCCGACUGCCGCUCAAGACGUACUAGAAGAUCUUCAAAAUCUUGAAAACAUGUGUGACGAAUUACUGCAAGAAACGAAUACUCCCCCCUCGCUAAAUGAUCCAUCGCCUGAAGAAUCAAACAUAACGGUUAGCGAGAAUCAAACUGGAACCCCACCGACUCCUAAAGUCGAGCCGUUUGUGUCUGGCGUUAAAGCUCGAUUAGAAAAACUAGAAAAAAGUGACAAACAAUCAGAAAAGGUACCUUAUAGAAAAGUUUUCAAUAAAAAUAAAACUGCUGAUCUUAGCACCGCUAUAAACCAAGUAUCGAAACAAGAUCAAGAAUUCGCUCAAAUAAAAUCGGCUUCCAACUUAGAACGCAAGAACAGUCUUCCAGAAGAAACCCUCGCGAAACCGGUUGAACGACGAAAGUCACGAAUACUGGAGACAGCUGAAAGGUUCCAGAACAUGAAUAAUCAGCAUAAUGAUAAAUUCAAAAAAUUUUCUUUGCCUGGUAUUCCUACAGUUGGAAACUACAAGAAAGAGUUUGAACGCAAGGCAUCGAUGCAUAAUUCUGCAUCAUCUGGUGCUCCAUUUAGACCAUCGCCAUACGAAAUUCAACGGAAGAUGGAAUAUGAGCUACCCUCGCCAGACAACAGUUGCCAGAGUAGUAGUACUGAUUUGAUAUUGUCAAAUUCACCAAACGAGGAUAAGUUCAACAGCCAAGAAUUUAGAACUGAACUCGAUGAAGUGCAAGCUAGUGACUCUAAGAGCUCUGUUGGUAGUUUUUCUUUAGAGGAAGCACGACGUUCAAUGGAAAACUCAAUUGCUUUACUUAACAAGGUUCGCACAGAAUCCAAUCCUGUUGAUCUGCUUUGUGCCAAAACGGAAAAUGUAUCCGUUUCCGAAGAGACUGAGCGUGAGCGAAAAUUGAAAAAUGCUCGUGAAAUAAUAAGCAAUGCAAUUCCAAUUGGACGACUUCGAAAACCACCGAUGCCGUUUGGGGCGAAUGGACGCUCGGCUACAGGUGGAAUCGGGAUUAGUAGCUCAGCUUCUAAUAAGCAAUUCCGCUACGGUCCCGAGAGCGUCGAGUCCAAAUUCAGCACUAUGUCUGUACCUAGAAAAGUAUCAGUUGGAAAUAUUCCCACUCCACCGGAAGAUGAAACUAAAACUUCACAUGCUGAGAUUACUCUUAAAUCAGCAACACUACCGAGAAGGAAAAUCGGCAAACCUGAACCACAUGGCGAUAUUCAAACAAAGAACGAAUCGCAACAACCAACGUCCCAGCUUUCGGCGAUGCGAUUUUCCACCGAAAUGCAACAUCAAGUACCGGACCUACGUAGUGCACCUAUUCGCGAACAUCCAAUAGUUUUUACAGUACAACAACGUGCUAACAGUCUGGAACCGCAGAACAAAGAACAUAGUAUCUCCAUUCAAAAACCACCCACACAUCAACGAGCGGCUGCGAAUACCUUGAGUUCCACUCGUGGAUCUCUUUCUCGUCAAUCUACCAAUGAUUCCAACGACUCGGACUCUACAAUAUCACAAGCCCAGUCAACUGGAAAUAUGCCAGCUAAUAAUAGUGGCGUCACCAUGCCCAUAAAAAAAAGUCCACGAGAAUUCAUUAUUCCGAUCGCUGUAGAAGGCGGUGGAUUCAUAACACCGAGAGCUAACAGUCUAGAACCAUCAGAAUCAAGCACAACUUCCAAUUCUGCGAGUUUCAGUGCAAAGUCACGCCUCGGCCGUCCGCGUAAGAUAAGUACCUUAUUGAGUGAUAAAAAUGUUGAAGAAGAAUCUCCAUUCCUGAGAAUGAAUCGUCACACAUCAUUAGGUAGAGAAAGUGAUUCUGAAGAACCACGUUUCCAUACAAUGCAUCGGUUGAGGAGCUCGCGCCCCUCGCAACGCAGCACAACGGAACUGAAUGACUCUGCUAGCUCAGGCGAAGAAGAUGACGAUGAUGGUUUCGAAAUUUUAACUGCUGAAAAUCUUUUCUCCACAUUGUUAUCAAGGGUUCGAGCUUUAACUAAUCGGCUGAACGUUAAUGAACAAAAUUCAACUGGUUUUCCAACAUCGCGUUUAUUAAGCAAUAUCAGACAUACACAAGGCCCGUUUUGGCACCAUCAUGAUCCCUUUUCGAGCCGAAUAAAUGGUGGAAACUCGAACACAUGGCGUCACAGUGUGUCCCGCGACCUCAGCUCAGAUAUUGAUUCAAUGUUUUCGCGCUCGGGAGCAACACUUCCCAGAGGUGCUAAAUAUAGGUUACAAAACAAGGAAAAUAAUAACACUAAUGUAGUUCGCAGAGGAGCGUAUAUGAACAGUUCCAGCAUUAACAAUAAUAACCAAUUUGUAUCAAAAUCUUCACAUCGAAACAGUAGCAUUGAUAGAGAUGACGCAAGCUUACCAAAUUGUGGUAAUGGUAGUAAAAACGAGCAUAAUAUGGGAGGCACAGUUAAUGAGCAUCGCGAGGAGUUGCUAGAUCUAAGAGAUUUGGAUUUAUCACAAUUACGAUUAUCGAAGAAAGAUCUAGAAGCAUUAUCUAAUAUCACUCCGGCUUUGUCGCAACGAGUACAAGAACAACUACUUGCACAGCUUCCCCCUCAACAAGCCAAAAAACUUUCCAGAACUUUGUCUAUGCAAAAUGCAAAUAAUGUUAACAAUCAUAAUGCAAUGGAUUCUCGAAUAUACACAAGAAGUGUUAGUAGCACAGCAAACCGCUCCAGAAAUAGUGUCACCCCCACAAAUGAUCUUUUCGAAAACAAUGAUUGGUUGUCCAAGUUAAAUGCAUGUACGAUGGUUGGAAACUCAACAGAACUGGCAUCUCAAAUACCAUUUAUGCAACAAAAUAACAACAAUGAUUUUAAAAUACCUUCCACUGUUUCUUCGUAUGUGAAUCAUGAAUCAACUCGUUCUUAUGAGCAGUAUACACCAUAUUCAUCUAAUUCUAGCAAUACUAAGUUUGAAAAAGCAAACUUACUAGACAAUGAUAAAAAAUUAUUCAAAUAUCCCACAAACGAUAUCACAAGAAGACCACCAACGGGUUGUAUUUCACCCCCUCCGAUAUAUUCGUCAUCAGGCAAUGCAAGUCAGCGGACUGGAAAACGAAUUUCCAGAUUCCUUCGUCCAGACUUUUUUGAUCAUCCAAAAGAAUCGAGUGAGCAAGAACGGUUUAGAAAUGAAAAAGAGACGCAGAAAAUCUUAAGAGAAAUACGAGGGAAAAGUCAAGAGAGAACCGUUGACCAUUUCGAUACAACCCAUAGUAAUCAAAGCGACCGCCUAAGUUAUUUUAUGGAAAAAUACAAAGAUCUCAGUACAGAGUGUGCUUCAUAUAAUCAAAAAAUUCCAUGUGAUAGAGCAAAUGCUUCCAAACGUUUUGAUGGGUUCGAAUCUCAAUUGCGUCGAAGUGUAUCUAGACCACGAGAAUAUAAUGCAGCCUUAGACAAUAAAUCAAAUUCGUUUUCUGACGAAGUACCGGAUGAUCUAAACAGUAUUUCGCAAAAGCAAUCAUCUGAAAUUGAACAACACAAAACCCAAUAUUCAAAUGUAGGUGAUAAAGAUCAAGAAACAGAUCGUCGGACAACCCCAGAACAAAGCUCAGCUAAAAACUGUUUAGAAUGUAGUAGAUCAGUAACGGAACUAUCUCAACAAAAUUGUUUCAAUGAUAAUAAUAAUCAUGAACCUCUGACAGAACCAAUUGUUGCUGCAAAACCUGUGAAAACAAAAAAACUCAAAGUAAAACCAAAAUUGGACGCUGAUGGGAACCCGAUUGUAGUUUCCGUUAAAAAAAUUAAAAAAGUAGUUAAACCGACUACAAAUAGUUCACCUAUAACAGCUCCGAUUGCAGAAAGCAUUGAAAAUACGAAAGAUUCAGACGACAUGCUAAAAGUAGUUAGAAAAGAAUCAAAAUUAGUUAGACCAAAGUCAUAUCCCUCCAAAGAUCCCGACAUGCUAAUUUCACAUCAUCCAACAUCAAAAGAACAGUCAUUGUCAAACUCAAGUUCAAAUACGAAGAGUAACAUUAAUUUACAGAAACCGGAAUCAAAUAUUUCAGCAUCAACACACAAAUCCAACAGACCCAAGAGCUUCCCUAGUUCUAAGCUGACUCCGCCUAAGGAAACGAAAAAUUUUAAAAGCUUCGACGGAAACUCUGUUUCAUCAUCAAUCACAGAAAAAAAAGACACAGGAAAGUCACAAGAAAAAUCUGUUUUAGUUGACAAAUCUCCCAGUGAAAUCGAUUUAGAAAAAGAAAAAUCCCCUUCGUUAUCGAAAACCGUUGUCUCGACAAUAAAUACAGAUGGAACAACAGUUCCUGAAACUACUAAGAAAGUCCGCAAGGUUAUACGCGUUAUCAAAAAACCGAUUGUUGCGAAAAAUUAUUCUUAUGAUAACAAAACCAUAGAUGCAGUCUCUGUAGUACCAGAUGGCUCAGGUGACAUUAGAGAACAAGAACAAGUUGAAACUCCCGAGAUGAUCGAGAAGGAAAAAUCAAAUUCACCUGAAAAAAAAGUUAAGCAGAGUUUUCUAGCUAGUAUUGGACAAAAAUUUGAAAAAUUUAGAGAAACAAGCAAAAUGAUGAAGGAGAAGAAAUUUGUUGCAGAUACCAAUGUAGCUGCCGGAAAUGAAUCAACAGAUGAUAACUCUUGCGCCGCUACAACGAAAAAAGAAAAAAAGAAAAGUCGUAGUGUCUCGAAUGCCGCAACUAUCUCGGAUAACACGCUCGUCGUUGAGAAUACCCGGAAAUCUAGGAUCGAUAAAGUCAUAAGGAAUCUGAGAGACAUGUCCGUACCGCGAACACCAGAACUAACAGAAUCAAACCUUCUUAAGCGCGCUGUCAGUGUCGAAGAAAUACCAGAAACAUUCAACAAAUGUGGAGUCAGUAAGGUACUAGGCUUUUUUAAAAAAAUUGAAAAAGAUCCAAAAAAUAACAAAAUUUUCAAUACAAAGUCAUCUAGUCAUAUCAACACGAUGGAUGUACCGGUACUUGAAACAAUUUCUGCGAAUGAAAAUAUCGAAACAAUUCAAGAAGAGGACCAGAUAAAGGAAAGACCAAAAUCGGGAGGCUUUGUUAGCAAAAUAAGAAGACCCUACAGAGGAGCAAGAAGUGACACUAUGCUUACUGUAACUGAACAACAGUGUAAGUCUAGUAGCUUGGUACGAAAACAACAAACCAACGAUUUACAGACACAAACAUCUGUUAAAUAUAGCUGCCCAGAUUGUAAGAAAGAAGAUCCUAGUAAAGACAUUCAAAAGAGGCAUUCCUCGACAUCCUCUGACGCAGAACAUCUUCUACAAAACGAGAAAGAACGCGUCAAGUGCAAUCGCCAAACUUUGACACUAAAUUUUCGCAAGCUUCCUGAUGGUGGCAAUGUUCAAGGCAAUAAUAAUAAUUACAGUUACCCUCCUCCACUACCUGUAGAAGUGCAGAACUUUCAAGGUAACACCAUUGGCACGAGCACUAUUACAACUAAUAACAAUAACAACAAUAAAAACAACAACAACAACAACAGCACCAGCUACAGUAACAACAAUACAGUGAACAUAAAUAUGCUUACCCCAUCUUAUGACAGUAUCACAAAUUACUCUUCUGGGUCUAGAAGUAGUCCAUUCGACGAUUGCAAUUCUUCCAGUACUUUCAUGUCUCCAUCUGAAGAACACGAGCUGUAUUCUGACAAUUGGUCAGUUUGUUCUGAUGAGCAAAACAACAAGCGUAGCGCUUCACCUUUUGCUUCACGACGAUCCAGACUAACCUAUAUGAAUUCUAUCUCUCCGGUAGAUAACGAUUCUGGAAGCGUUAUUGAAAGGAUACGUCGGAAGAGUUUCUACACUCGAUUCAAUGACAAAAAGCCACAUAGAUGUAGCACUAUAGUUGCACCGGGUACUUCAAAGGAAUACCACCGUGAUCUAUCCCUUCCAAUAGCUGGGUUCUCUGGCCCUAGGUUGAAAGAGUAUGGUAAGUCGUCGUCGUCCUCAAUUUUGCGCGCUUCAUCUAGUGGUGAUCAUACAAAAAACAAUUACGACUACUAUCUUUCACUCAUCAGAACUCCAAGUAUCUCCAAGAAAAAGUAUGCUGAUUCAAACGACGGCUAUCCCAAAUCGUUGCUCGUCAAUAAUGACCACCCUCAUCAUGACCAUUACCAUCAUUAUCAUCUUUCUGUGCCUAACGCAUCACGGAAGUUGAAUAUAUCUAAUAAUGACUCCUUAGACAAACCCAACUACAAUAUUCCGACAAGCAAAUCCUUGUUGAGAAAUAUAUACUACGAUACUACGUCACCUGUGUACUAUACCACAUACAAUCCACGGCGGCGAUCAUCUUUUGCGAGUAGUAGCACAGCAGCUAAUCUAACUUCAUCUUCUUCGUCAAUAGCAUUAGAUACUACCACCACAGGGACAGAUACAGUACCUGGAAAGUCAACAGUAUCAUCUACUGCAACUCUGUCUGGAUCGGAUGGGCUACUUAGUUUCAGUACCGAAUCUCGAAAACUUCGACCAUACAAUAACAGAAGUGUCUCAAUGCUUAAUUCCUCGUCGAGCAGAGACUCAAACUACAGUGGAUGUGAAACUACGGGUUCUAUAAGGAAUUGUCGUCUCAGAAACACUCCAAUACCUCGGGAUCCUACCAACGUAUGAAAGUUAAUGUACGAUUACUAUAGUGUUUGUUACGAUUUUUAGCAAUUGAAUGUUUUCUAAUAUUGAGAAGCCAUCAACCUGUUAAAUUAUUUUCUAAAGCAUAUGCAUUUCAGUAAAAAAUUAAGUAGAAUACAUUCUAGUGCCAAAUCAUGAGAGUAGAAAAGUGAUGAAACCCGCCAAGUUCAUGUGAGAGAGAAGAACAAGACAGAAAGGGAUUUUGUAGAUAUAUAUUAGUUCAAUAUUCAAUCACGAAAAAAUGUGUGUAAUCUAGUGUAGAAUGAGAUAAGUAGAAGUCAUGAAUAAAUGAAGAACAAGCAAAUUAAAAAGAAUU